AUGCGCUCCGACGUGAUUUGCUUGGCCCGCGCAGCUGUGGAACCGCCGCUGUCUUCGAUGACGUCAACCUCGAUUGGCUCCCUCUCUCUCGAGAAGGUUGGAAUCGUCUCCGAGUCGCCGCUCCCGUCCACGGCACUCAUGCUGCUGCGAGAGAUCAAAGAGCAGGCCGGCGAACCCCUGGCGAGACUGAGGGCGUCCAUGGGGUGGUGCUUGGAUGACGCGCAGUUGAGUGAGCUCCGUUACCACAAGCACGAGCUCGCCCGCAUGGCAAAGCAUCUCGCACCUUCGGCGCUCGCACACCUCAUGAUCACGACAGAGCUCGCCUAUGGCGCCUGGACCGCGGCCGGCAAGCUGGGCACCCUACGUCACCACCUCGCGGUCAGCCGCGUCCUGGCGGCGAUCAAGGCCGACGGAGAGGUCAUCGAGGCUGCGAUGCUGGCGGGCUUGCGCGAGGCGGAGGUUGGCGUGGCGGCGCAGGACUUGACUGCCAUCCUCGGAGAGGAGGCGGCCGCCGCCAUCGACGAGAUUGGCGGCGGCGUCUCGACGGUAUGGCGCCUCUCGGCGCGGCUCGAGCGCGCCGCCGAGGGUGCGGACGGCGGCGCUGGCGCCGGCGUGGCAGAAGAAGGGGGCGAGCUCGGCGCGAGUCGGGCGGAGCAGCUCGAGCGGCAGUGCCAGAUCAUGCUCGCCGGCUGCGACGACCCUCGCUCGAUUGCAAUCGCGCUCGCGUCGCGCCUCGUCUCGAUGCGCGAGCUGUACGGCGCGAUGGUCGGCCAGCAGCUCGGCGUCAACCGCUGCGUCAACGAGCUGGCCGCCGCGCCUCGCCGCUCGGAUUGCGCGCUCGGCUGCUUGAGCGCGUGUGCGUUCGACAGCGGCGCCGCGUGCGCCGCCUUCCAGCGGUGCGGCGGCGACGCCGCCGAGUGGCGCGCGCUGCUGCAGCGGCGCGACGUCUUCACGCAGCAGACGGAGGAGGUGUUCAUCCCGCUCGCGCAGCGGCUCGGGAUGUGGUACUUCAAGACGGAGCUCGAGAUCCUAGCCUUCUCGGUGGGGAGGCCUGCCGAGUAUGCCGCCCUCUCCUCUGCGCUGGCGGACCUGACGGAGCGCGCGCGGCCGGCGCUCGAGGAGGCGGAGGGGCAGAUCGAGGCGGCGCUGGCGUCCGACCCGCUGCUGCAGCGGCAGACAAAGUGGAUCCGGGUGCACGCGCGCAUCAAGGACCUCGUCUCUGUGGCGCGCAAGAUGGAGCGCAAGGGGCUGGAGAGCGUCGACGGGCUCGACGACCUGCUCGCCUUCCGCUUGGUGGUGAUGCCGACCGAGACGCGGCCCCUCUCCCCGGACGGGCACCGGCCGGAGCGGAUGAGCGCGCGGGACUGGGAGGCGCGGCAGGCGCUGCUGUGCUACCGCGUGCUCGAGGCGGUGCACAAGACGCUGCCCGUCGCCUCGACGGCCAAGGGCGCGCUCCUCAAGGACUUCAUCGCCUCGCCGAAGCCAAACGGCUACCGCUCCCUCCACUCGUGCGCGCUGGUGCGCGGCAUCAAGGCGGAGGCAGAGUACGGCUCGGCGGCGCAUUGGCUGUACAAGGCGGACGACCGCCGCCGCGACGCGGCGCACCAGGUCUGGCAGCGCGAGCUCGGCUUCGACCAGACGACCGGCUUCGGCGAGCCGCGCCGCUCGCCCGUCAAGCGGCGGGGCGACUUGCAGGAGCUGUUUGCCCCGUUUGGGCGGCUCACCGAGUGCCGCGUCGCCACCAGCCGCGAGACGGGACGCUCCCGCGGCUAUGGGUUUGUCAGCUUUGCUGACGCGAGCGACGCGGCGGCUGCGUGUCGCGAGCUGACCGGCCGAGAGGAGGACGGCACAGUCCUCUCCUUCGAGGCUGGCGUGACGGUCGAGGCCGCCCUCCGCUCGCUGCCGGCCGGCGGCGGGCCUACGCCCGGCGAGGCGCUGGCGCGGGCGGUGGUCAACGGGAGGCUCGUGCGCGCCGACUACGCGCUGCAGAACGGGGACGUCCUCGGUCCCCUCGAGGCAGCGACUUGGCGGCCGGCGCGGCGCGAGACGAGCGAGACGCUCGAGGCCAUGGCGGCGGCAGACAGCGGCGUGAGCAGCGACACGCGCUACUGGGCGGGGCGCGUACCCUGGCCAUGGUCCCUAAUCCAGAGCGACGACGCGAGCGACCAGGCGGCGUGGCGGGUCGAGGCGGAGCGGAAGCACGGCAACGUUGCCCUCACCGCGCUGCUCACGUGGCUGUGGCUCGUGCUGACAGGCUGGACGGCGGUGGACGCGCCCCCCCUCUCGGGCCUUAGCGGCCUCGGCGCGCUCUGCUGGGCGAUGCAGGCCGGCACGUACUCGCUCUUCGAGGCGCGCUCGCUGCUCCGCAACGUGCGUGCGCCGCUGGGCAAGGUCCCGGAGGCGGCGCGCCGGAGGCGGCGGCGGCUCGGGCCUCACCUCGGCCCGUUGGAGCCGCCCGUCGAGGCGGGGCGCGCCGCCAUGCUCGUCCUGACUGCGAUCGCGCUGACUAGCGACGCGAAGAUGGAGGGCGGCAUGCUGCACGAGUUUUGGACCGGCGUGGGCCGGCUCGCGCAGGCGCGGACUGCCUUCGAUCACGCCGCGGCCGCCGCCACGCCCACGCUCGCGCCGCCGACGGAGGCGCCCGCCCCCAUCGUCGAGGAGAGCCCGAUGCCCCCGCUCGUGGGGGACGCAACCUUCUUGGGCAGGAACGAGGAGGUGGACGACGACGACGAGCAAGGCCUCGCCCUCGCGCCGGAGGAGAAGGCCGGCCUGGCCCUGGGCCCUGGCGCCGAGGAGAAGCGGGGCUUUCGAGGAGGCUUUGGACACCUGGAGCAGUCCAUGGAGCAGUCGUCAUCGGUGCUGGGCGCCGCCCUGCAGCGGGCGGCGCAAUGCUCGGGCUGGGCGCGCCGGGAGAUGCUUGCGGGCGAGGCUAUGGCCAAUCGCAACCAGGCCAGGGCGGCGCUUUACUAUACCGUAUACGGCUUUAUGUGA